AUGAAGAGCUUUGCUCAAUUAUCUCUGGACAUGCUCAUUCUCUUAAGCUUUCCUGCCCUUGCCUUGAUUGUUGCCUAUUUUAUCUACGUGCUCAUAAGCCAGAAACACAUCAAUACUGUGCCUACGUCUUAUCCAAUUCUGAGUUCAUUGUUUGCUUUCCUGAGUAAGCGAAGCAGGCUCUCAGAAUGGCUGACGGAGCUUCUCGAACACGCUCCCUUCAACACCAUCACUUUUCAUCCACCCGGAAUAAAUGUUAUCACGGCCGAUCCAGGCAAUGUGAAGCACCUUCUCAAGACCCGUUUUGAGAAUUAUCACAAGGGCAACUAUUUCAGGCUCCUCCUCAACGAUCUGCUCGGCACCGGAAUUUUCAACACAGACGGCGCGCCCCCUGGAAAUUGCAGAGGCGAGUGGCCAGUUACGAGUUCAGCACCAACACUUUGCGCGACUUCAUUGCGGAGAGCGUGCAUAGCGAGAUCACCAAUCGCCUUCUGCCACUGCUCAGAAAAGUUGCUGCCACUGCAGGGGGAAAAUCGGCUGGAUAUGCAGGAUGUCUUCAAGCGAUUUGCCUUCGACAACAUAUGUCAGGUGGCGUUCGCCAUGGACCCCGCUUGCCUCGACAUUUCUCUACCUCUCUCAGAAUUCGCAGAGGCCUUUGAUGUCGCCACGAAUUUGAGCCUGAAAAGAUUCACGGAUCCCCUGCCCUACCUGUGGAUGCUCAAGCGCUUCUUCAACGUCGGCUUACGCCAGGCAAUCCACUUCAUUCAUAGCUUCGCGCAAGACAUAAUCGAGGCGAGGAAGAAAGAAGUCUCUCCAUCCCAGGGAUCAUGGCGUCAAGAUCUCCUGUCCAGAUUUCUUCUCCUCCACGAGAGUGCUGUCGCUGCAGCAGGAAAGGCUUCGUAUGAUGUUUUCCUCAGAGAUAUUGUAAUAAGUUUUAUCUUGGCGGGCAGGAACACUCCGUCUUCCGCGCUCACCUGGUUCUUUUGGCUUCUCUCCUCUCAUCCCCGAGUCGAAAACAACAUCUAUGUAGAAAUUACACGCAUUAUUGCUGCCAGACAAGAGAUCAGUUCCUUUUUCUCUUAUGAGGAAUUGAAGCAGAUGAAGUAUCUGCAGGCUGCUCUAUGUGAAUCGAUGAGGUUGUACCCGCCCGUUCCGUCUGACACAAAAUAG